CAAUAAACUGCGUCGAUAAUAACAUUCGGAGUUAGUUCGCGUCGUGAUACCGCCCGGCAGUGUUCGCACCGUCGGCUGCAACAGAUGCUACGUGCAGUUGUGCAAUAAUUGUUUGGAAAAACAAGUGAUAAUAUAAUAAGUAUUCUUUAGAGCUACUGUACUAAAUUGUUUAAGUUGUUUGUUCGGUAGUCAAUAAACAAUUGAGUGUUCCGAGGUGCUUAUACCUCAAAGUUGUCGGAGAUACAGACGUCACAGGUGUUAUCAUGCGGCCGAUAACGAAAGUCGUGUUUGUUGCAUUGCUGCUGUCAAUGACGACCGUGCCGGAGAGCAGUGGCAAGAUAUUCACGCAAUGUGGGUUGCUUAACGAGCUGCUCAGACUUGGCGUGCAUAGGAGUUUUGUUGGAAAUUGGAUUUGUCUUGUGCGAAGCGAAUCUUACCUCAACACGUCGGCGGUGCAUAACAAGGGAAGCGGACACAACCUAGGCUUGUUUCAGCUCAAUGAUAAGAUAUAUUGCGAUAAUAAAAAAUCCGGUGGGCAAUGUAACAUCAGAUGCGCAAAUUUUAUAAAUGAUGAUAUAAGUGAUGAUUUGCAAUGCGCUCAAAAAGUCCACGCGGAAAAGGGUUGGCAAGCGUGGCCAGGAUGGGAAAGGAACUGUAAACAGCGACCGAGUGCCACCACUAUGCCACUGUGUUAAAACCCGAACCAGAAACAGAUACAAAUACAAAUAUAAAUACAAAUGAAACACACGCGCAGACAAAAGCCAUCCGGAGACCGAAGCAUGCAAUCCCAGAAAAACAUCGCUUUGCAAUGCCAGCGAACGUGAUAAGCGUUAAACUGGCCGAAACAACUGUACAUUAACAACAGCAGCAGGACAAACAAAAGAA